AAUUUUCCUGUACUUAUAUUCGGUGGAGCGAGCAUCACUGUCGAUAAUGGAAGCUUCACAAAUACCGCAGAAGUCUCCAGCUUGUUCGAGACCCUUAAAUCAGAAGGGAUCAAUCACCUUGACACCGCUCAGACCUAUGGCGGUGGUACCAGUGAGAAACUCAUUGGCCAAGGCCAAGGGUUGUCCGAAUUUUUUGUUGAUACCAAGCAUCCUGAAGGAUGGAUUCCAGGGAGCUCAACUAGAAAGGGGAUUUUCGAGAGAGCUAUUGCUAGUCUGGAAAGGCUUGGAGUUGAGAAAGUGAACAACUUUUACCUCCAUGCACCCGACCACAAGGUCCCUCUUGAGGAGACUCUUGCUGGUAUCGAUGAUCUCUACCGAGCAGGCAAAUUCAACAACUUUGGGCUGUCCAACCUCAACGCAGAUGAGAUCAAAGACGUCAUACGCGUUGCGACCGAGAAAAACUACGUUCUCCCCAAAGUCUAUCAAGGAAACUAUAGCGCAGUUGCCCGCCAACUAGAAAGGGAUAUUCUUCCAACUCUACGGGAGCAUGGAAUUGCAUUCUAUGCCUACAGUCCCAUCGCAGGGGGAUUCCUCACCAAGACUACAGCCCAAUUAACUUCUGGUGCGAAAGGAGAGGGCCGUUGGGAUCCGAAGUCAUCGAUGGGAUCAUUUUAUCACACUUUAUACGGUAAACCCACUUUCUUCGAGGCACUGGACAAGUGGAAUGAGAUUUCCCAGGCGACGGGUAUUCCGAAAGCGGCGCUUGCAUAUCGAUGGGUAGCGUUCAAUUCGGCUCUUGAUGCAGGACUUGGUGAUGCUCUUGUUAUUGGAGCUAGCAGCUUGAACCAAGUCAAACAGACUGCGGCUGCACUUAGAGAUGGGCCACUGCCUAAGGAGGUGGCAGAGCAGAUCUCUGACUUGUGGGAGAUUGUGAAGAACGACGCUGUUGCUAAUAACUUUGGUGUCAUCAGAUCAACCUAG